AUGAUGGCGCGCGUCGUGCUCUUCGGCCUCCUUGCCCUCGCGGCCUUCACCACCGUGCGGCCAGACCCCCUCGAACAAGCCAUCAUCCGUACGCUGCAGAGCAGCGUGUACAGUCCAUCGUCCGAUGUUUCUGACCCACUUGCAAUCAUCCGCAAUGUGAGUGCAGUCCUGGUUUAAUUGGGCACACUCUACACAUUGAAUUGCAUUUCUUUCGAUGCAGGCAACCAAAGCGGUUCGGGAGGUAGUCAAGAGCAAAAUCACUGGCCUGCACCGACGCCGCCUUCACGGCCGUCGGCUAUCGGCUUCACGAAGGGUCCUGAUGCCCGACGCAGCCAGGGAUGCCCUCGCCCGCAUGCGCAAUGGGACCCACUUGAAAGAGCUCCUUGACUCCGUGAAGGGAGCGCUGAAGCGGUCGCCAAAUGGCAGACGUCAGCGCCGAAGAAUGCAGAUGGGACCUCAUGGUCCUAAUCCGCUGUUCGCCAUCCACAACGACACACAGGAUGUCAAGGAUAUCAUCAAAAGCAGACUGGGGGGGGUGGUGCGGAGAUUGCACUCUGACUACCUGCUGGACAGUCUGGACGGCAUGAAUCUCACGGACGCCGUCAAGGAACAGAUCAGGAGCACAGUGCCUUUCACAAGGAGGCGGCUGCAGAGCGGCAACGCAACCACCACUGCCCCCACGACCACACCUGCCCCAGCCAGUCCAUGCCAAAGUCCCUGCAAAGCCAACUCUCUCGACGAGUGUGUGCCUGACAUGUCCGCCUGGAAGACCGAGAUCGAAGCCAUCACCGACCCCAGCCUCAGGCGGCUGCUUAACGACACUGCGUACUGCCGCGAGGGCACAUACUCGUGGGGAUCCUGUGCCGACAGCACCAAGUGCGAGUUCAACGAGGACGACAAAGGUGUGUCAGAGUGUAGAGGGUAGAAUUCACUCAUCAUUAACACACGACGUAUGAAUGGUCUAUCUUUGCCGUUUCUGCAGUUUGUGACUGGAAUGGGAACCUCUUGACGCCUCUCCGUCACAUGCAGUGCUGCCAUUAA